AUGCAGGUUCGAAGAAAUUACGUUCGGCGCAAAACCCAAUGUCAUUCGAUAAGGCAAGAAGAGAAAACGAUUCUCCAAAGCCUCCAAAAGCCAGCCGAAAAACUUCCAAUCUCACAAGAGCCCGAGGCAGACGGCGGGGUAAAAAUUGAAGUCGUAGACAUCGCAACAGAGUCUAUCGAGAGGGAUGAAGGCCCUUCUGGUUUGCUAGAAAAUACACCCAUUUCAAUAGAAGAGAGAGCAAAAGAGGAACAGCGCGAGGGCGCCGCGAAGGAGCCACCUCAGGCUUCUGGGUCAACAGGGACAUCGUAUAUCCAACGCGGCAAAGACGCCACAUCUGGUCUUGCAGGAUUUACAACCAAGGCCAGUAAGCUCCACGCUCAGCUUCCUGGCUCUAUUAAGAAAGACGCUGAAAGUCGUCUGCAGACGGGCAGGCAGUGCAUCACGACGACGGUCCAACCCGCGGCUGAUGGAGCAAAAGGCAAAGUCGAGGAGAUAACGCAAAACACUUCAAACAUUCCGACCAACCUCUCUUCCUUGUCUGGGCUUAUCGUUGGUGAUGAUGGAAUGAUCUUAGAUUAUGACGGCAAUUACAUCGGCCGACUGGUUGAGGGCGAAACAGAAGAUCUUGCUGGUCAAAUUGUCGGCGAAGGUGGAGAGAUUCUCGAUGAAGACGGUGAUAUGGUCGGGUGCGUGGAGCUUCUCAGUGGUGAUUUAGCAGACGAGUCAGAGGCACCCGCUGACCAAGAUGCCCUGGGCUUUAAAGACCUGGCAAAUUCACCUCUCGGGGAAGAUGGGACAAUCAAAGAUCGGUAUGAUCGAGUAUUGGGAAAGCUCGUCGAAGGCAACGUGAAUGAUUUGGUUGGUUGGCCGGUAGAUGAAAAUGGCGAGAUACUAGAUGAGGACGGUAAUUUAGUGGGCCGCGUUGAGCUUCUUGCUUCUGAUAACGUUGGUGAAAGUCCUGAGCAGCUAAGCCACUCGCUGCUAGGCCCUUCACUCCUUAAGGGCAAGCCCAUCAAUGAAGAGGGGAAAAUACUGUAUGAGAACGGCAACCUGCUUGGCCGAAUCAAAGGAAAUCAAGAAGCGGAGACCAUGGUUGGUAAAUUCGCGAACGAAAAAGGUGAAAUUAUCAAUAAUUUUGGGCAGAUUAUAGGAGAGGUUGAGCUGGUUGCUGGAGGGGUUGCUAGCAAGGCGAUGGCAGAGCAGCAAGGAGCGGUUCGAAAGGCCGAGAAUGAUAUAUCAAUGUUAGAUGGUCUUCAGGUGAACGAGGAAGGAUUGAUCACUGGCACCAAUAGCUCCGUCAUCGGGGAGCUGGACAGUGGCGAUCUAUCCGAAGCUGUUCGCAUGACCGUGAACGAAAAAGGCCUUGAAUUAGACGAUAAUGGCAACAUCAUAGGCAAAGCACGGUCAGGUGCCAAGGAUGCUAUCGAAAAGACCGAAAAAACCACCGAAGAUUUCGUCCAGGGGUUGCCAUCGCUUUCCACACCGGAAGAUCUGAAGUGCAACAGACUCGGGAAUAUUGACAAUGAGGAUGGGAUGCCUGUUGGUGAACGUGUCGAAGGUGGCCCCAAAGAGGUUAGUGGAGAUGGUACGGAGCUUGACGGUCAGGCUCAGUUAUGGGACAACAGGGGCAAAAUAAAUGGCAAAGCCCAAUCUUUCUCCAUCGAUGGUGAGCAAAAUGAAGGGCCAUUUGCGGAUCUAGAUGAGCCUUUUGUGACUGAGGGAGGGUGGGUCCAUGAUGCCAAUGGGAACAAAGUUGGACAAAUUGUUGAGGGAGAAAUUAGGAAAGUUCUUGGACGGGCCGUCGAUGAUGAUGGUGACAUCCUAGACAAGCGCGGGAAUCUCCUAGGACGAGCAGAGCCAUGGCAAGAGCCCGACAUAGAGCCAGAAGACGUCGAUAUUACAGAAUUAGAAGGCCUCACAUUUCAUAAGAUUGGGAACGUUAUAGGCCCAGACGGAGUUUCCAUUGCUCGGGUCAGCGAGGGAAACCCGAAAUUAUUCGCUGGAAGAAAGAUCAACGCUCAAGGCCUGGUAUGGAGUGACGUUGGUGAAGUCAUCGGAAAUGUCAUGUUGAUCCCGUUGAAGGAACGAGAAGCCAUGACACUCUUUGGAGGAAUUGGGGAUCUUGUGGUCCGGAAAACCGGGUAUGUCGAGGACGAAACUGGUUGUAUUGUCGGCAAAAUCGUCGAAAGCGAUCCUCAGAAAUUGCAAGGCCUCCUUGUGGAUGACGACGGAGACAUACUUGACAAGCGAGGCAAUUUAAAGGGACGGGCCGAGCCAUAUAAUCUGCCAGAGGAAGAGGAAGAAGAAAUGGAAGAGGAUAUAUCCGUUCUUGAAGGGAUGAAGGUCAACAAGUUUAGAAACGUCGUAGAUCAAAAUGGCUCUGUCGACGAUGGAAACUUUCUCGGCUCCGUGGGACUGAUUCCUUCGUCCGAGAGAGAGCAGGGGGGUGGAAUCUUCUAUGGACUUGAGGGCCUAGUGGUCACCAAAGGUGGAACCAUCACAGACCUCAUUAGCUACAUCGUCGGAAGGCUUGUUGAGGGAGAUAUGCUUCGACUGAAUGGUCGUGCCGUCGACGAGGAUGGGGAAAUCAUCGACAAAGUUGGAAAUGUCAUUGGUCGUGCAGAACGUUGGAUCGCAGAGGAAACGCCUCGCAAUGGCUAUCCAAUGAGUGACCGAAAGAUCAAUCAGGAGGGUGAAGUGCGCAAAGGAGAUGGAAAUCUCAUAAGUCAACUCAUGGACGGCAAUCUCAAUUCCCUAUCUGGCAAAGCAGUUGAGGAGAACGGCUACAUCGUCGAUAAAGAUGGCGAUAGAAUCGGCGAGUGCACAUUCUUGGCACAUUUAGCCGAGUCUGAGCUCGAGCUAUCGCAGGAGGAACAUAUUGAGAGAGCCGAUCGCACACCCCGAGACGAGCUCGAUGAGGAACAGCUAGUCAAGACAGUGAAGCCUAUCAUCGAAGAAGCUGGCAACAUACUGCAAGAAUGUAAAGGGAUAUUGCGCGCCUUGGAUCCCGAUGGCCAAAUUGCAGCGUCUGCCAAAGCCAGGAGUGUAUCGCACGAAGUGACAUCGGAAGAGUACCAGCUGGCCGAUCUUCUCAGGCAACUUUCGCAGACAAUCUCUACCACGAUUGAGAAUGGCUGUCGACGAAUAGCUAAUAUGCUUUGA